AUGUGGAGAAACAGUGCUUCCAGCCCGGGCUCACUGGGGAAUGGGCGUGUCUUCAUGCCGCUGGAGCCAGCUUCUGCUCUUCCUGGCUAUUUGGGCUCGACAAGCUACUCUGCGGUCUUAACUGAGCAUCGCAAUGAGAUUCCCUUCGAGCCAGAAGAGAGCACAGAGUCUUCCGCGGGGUUGGUAGUGGAACCCGAUCGACUUCGAUCCGGGGUUGAUGUACUGCGGUUUCUGUACGACCUCACCGCGCGCGAUACACUGAUUGCCAAAUGCUAUGCUCGAGCAUGCAAUACAGUCGUGCCAAAAAUGGUAAUGGACAGAAUCUUGCUUUCGGUGCACCACAUCUUCAAUAGUUUCUCCGAAGACCCGACAGCACAGCUACUGGAGCUGGCGAACCAAAUUUCCCAAAAUACUUCCCGACCAAUGCGUACACACAAGACCAUGUCGGUCGAAGAGUACUGUUCCUCUUUUACCGGUCGCAAUCUUCGCUGGGAACCCAUCGGGUUUAUUCUGACACUCUGCGGGAUGCAGCUGAUUAUUACACCAGACAAUGAUCCUGACAUUACUCAGGGAUCGGAUGACCCCAAGGCAAAAGACCGGAUGUUGGAGCAGAUAACUGUGAUAAGUACAGUAUGCCUUGGUCUUUGUGACCAGGCAUCGUCGGCAAACGAGCUACUGGCUAUUUUACAAUUUAAUGAUGCUAUGCUUCGUACACAACAAUACGGUGAUUCCAGCUAUCAAGCAUGGCGUCGAUUAGGUGAUCUCAUUUCUACCAUUUACGCAGCUGGUCUACACUUGCAAAAUGAUGGUACCGAGGAUUGCCCAUUUUUCCUUCGCGAAUGGCGGAGACGUUGCUUUACCGGUGCAUUCUACAUGGAUAAAAUGAUUGCCACUUUUGUUGGACGGCCGCCACUGCUGAACGGCCGAUUUUGCACUCUCGCUGCUCCAUUGGAUCUGGCCGACGAGACACUUGUUGCAGGUGAUGAGGCCCUCAGCAAGGCUAUCUCAGAACUAGACAGCGCUGGGUGGAAUAGGCAAGGGCUGCUACACCCAGUAAGUCGAGCUCGUCUACGCUAUCAGCUGGCUGUCAUUCGAGAGGAAACACUUGAGGUUGUGCUUGGGACUCGCGAGCAACACAAUCUGAUCCAGAAGUCUAAGGAGAUCCAAGCAAAAUCGCGUGCCAUUUGGGAAGCAGCUCCAGAUUAUCUUCGAUAUGACCGGCAGUUGAGCAAUUAUCCUCAUGAGCUAUGGCUUACGACGGUCUAUAUCUAUUUGGAUUAUCUUUAUACUUCUUUUUUGCUCUACCGAGCAGUUGUCAAGCACACGGAAACCGGACAAGCAGAUCUUUGUGACGAGUCUCGUCAGUUACUAUCCAUUGUCCUUCAAAUCAAUUCUUUCCGCUCUCCCAUGGUUGAUUUAGGUCGGCACUUCUCUUGGAUAGUCCUUACGUAUGGUGUUCCUUCCGCCAGCGUUCUUCUCCUUGAGCUUCUGCACCAAUCGCAUCAGCCCGGCCCACAUGCUGUUUCUCUCCCUCGUGCUGAGCUGAUCCGCAACGUCAGCGUGUUUAUUUCUGUCCUCUCGUGGGUCGCAGUUCCCGGCCACGGCAACUAUCAUACGUGCAAACAAGCCGAAAAAAAGCUAUCUCGCAUUCUCGAUCAGCUCCUGGAUCCCCAGCCUGUACAGCAGCAUGAGGUGGAUGAUGUCACAACAGGCCUUGACAAUUUCCUCAAUUGGUCCAAUUACAAUUCCAUCUGGGAUUUCAACACGGAUUAUAUGCCAUUAGCCGACGGAUUCGCACCUUGA